GCGCGCGGCGGGUCGGGACCCCUCCCCCAGGCCGCCUUUCCGGGAUCCCCCACGCCGGAGCGGGGGGCGAGCGCCCAGGGCGGCGGUGCCGUCACAUCCGGGGCCUGGGCGGGCGGAGCCGGGGCGCGGGCCGCGUCCACCGGGGCGGGCCGGGGCGGCGGCCGCGGGGUCCCGGGGAACUGGCCGGGCUGCCGGGCCGGGGUGCGGGCGGCGCGGUGAGCUGCACGCAGUUGUGCGCGCCCGUCCCCCGCCCACGCCGCCGGCUGCGGCCCUCGGACCCGGUGGCGGCGGCCCUCGCCUUUGUUGUCACGCGCGCGGAGCCUGGAGCGGAGCCCCGGGAGGGGCCGGCGCUCCGGGGAGGAAGCGAGCAGCACUUUUCAGGGAGAGUAGGGAAAACGCGAGAUGCGCUUGGGCGGUUAGAAAGCAAGCGGUGUGGAGAUGCUCGUUAGAGGUGAUGAAGAUCCAGACAUUUAAUGUGGAUGCAUCAUGCCAGACCGUGGAAGAUUUAACGAAUGGGGUUGUGAUGGCCCAGGUUCUUCAAAAGAUAGAUCCUGCAUAUUUUGAUGAAAAUUGGCUAAACAGAAUCAAAACUGAAGUAGGAGAUAAUUGGAGACUAAAGAUAAGCAAUCUAAAGAAAAUUUUAAAAGGAAUCCUGGAUUAUAAUCAUGAGAUUUUAGGACAGCAAAUUAAUGACUUUACCCUUCCUGAUGUGAACCUUAUUGGGGAGCAUUCUGAUGCUGCCGAGCUUGGAAGGAUGCUUCAGCUCAUUUUAGGCUGCGCUGUGAACUGUGAACAGAAGCAAGAGUACAUCCAAGCCAUUAUGAUGAUGGAGGAAUCUGUUCAACAUGUUGUCAUGACAGCCAUUCAAGAGCUGAUGAGUAAAGAAUCUCCUGUCUCUGCUGGAAAUGAUGCCUAUGUUGACCUUGAUCGCCAGUUGAAGAAAACUACAGAGGAACUAAAUGAAGCUUUGUCAGCAAAGGAAGAAAUUGCUCAAAGGUGCCAUGAAUUGGAUAUGCAGGUUGCAGCAUUGCAAGAGGAGAAAAGUAGUCUGUUGGCAGAGAAUCAGAUAUUAAUGGAAAGACUUAAUCAAUCAGAUUCUAUAGAAGACCCUAACAGUCCAGCAGGAAGGAGACAUCUGCAGCUCCAGACUCAAUUAGAACAGCUGCAAGAAGAAACUUUCAGACUAGAAGCAGCCAAAGAUGAUUAUCGAAUACGCUGUGAAGAGUUAGAAAAGGAAAUCUCUGAACUUCGGCAGCAGAAUGAUGAACUCACCACUUUGGCAGAUGAAGCUCAGUCUCUAAAAGAUGAAAUAGAUGUUCUUAGACAUUCUUCUGAUAAAGUGUCUAAACUAGAAGGCCAAGUGGAAUCAUAUAAAAAGAAGCUAGAAGAUCUUGGUGAUUUGAGGCGGCAGGUUAAACUCUUAGAAGAGAAGAAUACUAUGUAUAUGCAGAAUACUGUCAGUCUAGAGGAAGAGUUAAGAAAAGCCAAUGCAGCUCGAAGUCAACUUGAGACAUAUAAGCGACAGGUAGUGGAACUACAGAAUAGAUUAUCUGAAGAAUCGAAGAAAGCAGAUAAAUUAGAUUUUGAAUAUAAGCGGCUAAAAGAAAAAGUUGACAGUCUUCAAAAAGAAAAAGAUAGGUUAAGAACAGAGAGGGACUCUCUGAAGGAGACCAUUGAAGAGCUUCGCUGUGUACAGGCUCAAGAAGGGCAGCUCACAACUCAAGGGUUAAUGCCUCUGGCAAGUCAAGAAUCUUCAGAUAGUCUGGCAGCAGAGAUUGUUACACCUGAAAUCAGGGAGAAACUUAUUCGCCUUCAGCAUGAGAAUAAGAUGUUAAAACUUAACCAAGAGGGUUCAGACAAUGAAAAAAUUGCCUUAUUGCAGAGCCUUCUGGAUGAUGCAAAUCUACGCAAGAAUGAACUGGAGACAGAGAAUAGGCUGGUGAAUCAGAGACUUCUGGAAGUGCAGUCACAAGUCGAAGAACUGCAGAAAUCUUUACAAGAUCAAGGAUCAAAAGCAGAAGAUGCUAUUUCAGUUCUUCUAAAAAAGAAGCUGGAAGAACAUCUAGAGAAGCUGCAUGAAGCCAAUAAUGAAUUGCAGAAGAAGAGAGCCAUUAUAGAAGAUCUUGAACCAAGAUUUAACAACAGCUCCUUAAAAAUUGAAGAAUUACAAGAAGCUUUACGAAAGAAAGAAGAGGAAAUGAAGCAAAUGGAAGAACGAUAUAAAAAAUACUUAGAGAAAGCCAAAAGUGUUAUCCGUACUUUAGAUCCUAAACAGAAUCAAGGAGCAGCACCAGAAAUACAGGCUCUUAAAAAUCAGCUCCAGGAACGGGACCGACUGUUCCAUUCAUUAGAGAAAGAAUAUGAGAAAACAAAGAGUCAAAGAGAGAUGGAGGAGAAAUAUCUUGUUAGUGCCUGGUACAAUAUGGGAAUGACUCUGCAUAAAAAGGCAGCUGAAGACAGACUUGCUAGUACAGGUUCAGGGCAGUCAUUUCUGGCUCGGCAAAGACAAGCGACCAGCACCAGAAGAUCUUACCCGGGCCACGUUCAACCAGCCACAGCAAGGUAGACAAGUCUUGCCAUUAGAAUAAAAAAUACCCUGCAUUCAAAACGUACUUCUGUUACAUAUAACAACAUUUCAGGAAAUUCAGCCAGCUUAAUAUUUGUCUCGAUUUUAUGUUAAUAUUUAGUAGUUUCUCAUUUGAGGACUUUUUCCUGUAUCUAUAAUGUUUUAGUUUCUUGGUCCUUUAUUUUGUAGUCCUUUCAGUUCCUUUUAAUGUGCCAAAAAUUUUUAAAUGCCCAAUUAAAAGCAUUGUAUAAUAGUGUAGUACUUUUCUUUGUAUGAAAAUGUCCUUUCCCCGAUGGUGUAGGCUUUGUAAUGAAUUAGAUUUUCUGCCAAUAAUUGAUAUACAAUUUAUAUUCUUUAUUGUGCCUCUGUGUUACCAUGCUUUAUAAGAAUGUCUUUGUUUAAAGGGAAUUAAUCUUUUUAUGAUGUAUUAAUCUGUGUUUUCAAUUGUUUUCCAAAUGCACUUCAGAUAACUUGCGUAUUUACUAUAUAAAAUGGUUGGCAAGUGCACUUUUUGCAAAGACAUAAAUACAUUGGCAGAGGUGCUAAUCAGAUCUUACCUAAAGCACCUGAUAGAACUAUUUAGAGUAAAAAAUGAGUUUUCACAUUGUUUUCUAGGAAAUUAAAUUUGUCCGAAGAUUUGGAAACUAUUUUUAAAACAUAAAUACGUAGAAUUUCAUUAUUUUCUGCUAUCUUGUUUGCUGGCAGAAGUGAAUGCAUGGAGUAGGUUAUUUGGGGGGAAAUUGCAGAAGAAGAAAAUUUAGCAGUGCAUUGGUUUUUUUCUUGUUUUGGAAUCUCAUAGUAACUGAGAAUCAAAUCCCAGCAAUGUGGCAACGUUUGUAAAGUCAACUGCCCUCCACAUCUAAAAGACUUAUUUUUCAUGUACUUAGAAGUAAUAGGUAGCCUUACUUUUGGGGCAAUUUCCUUGUUGACUCGCACCUCCAUUUGUUUUACUUUCUCCUUAAUAGAAACCCUUCUAUUUCUCAGUAAUUCCUAACACCUAACAUUUUAAUAUCAGUCAUUAAGAUCAGUAAGUGACUUCUUCUAUGUAAUGUUGUGACAGGUCUCUCUCACAUUUUUUCUUAAUUCUAUGUCCUAGCCCAAGAAUUUGCUACUGAAUAGAUUCUCUUGGGUGUUUGGUGGCCUCACAGUGCUUAGAUUUGUUGACAGGUUGUAAACCAUGUUUAUUUACAUUGACAAAUGGCUGUCAAGUAAUAAUAAUUUUCAAGCACUUUGACUAUUUAAGGUGCUAUAUAAAUGCAACAUAUUCAUUUGAAAAUGAAAUGCCUCUGCUUAACUUUCCAUAUUGACGUAAGUGUCGGGUCCCAAAUUAUAUUUAAGUUGCCCUGCAGCCUUUUUCUUGCACCAUAGCCCAUCUUUUUUAAAAGCAAAAAAUUAUGGAAAUUAGGCUGAUUUUUGUUUUUGUUUUUAGAUAGGUUAUCUAAUAAGAGGAUUUUAUUUCAUGUACUUGCUAUUUGGAAGUUCAGGUUUAAUUUAGUUUUGUAUAUUAAAUACAAAUGAAUAAUUUUAAAUCAAGAUAAAUAUAAUUAAGAAUUUUCAGCAACCGUAUGCCAAGUGUUUGAUUUUCAGUCCUUAGUUUUUUAUAAGAAAAUUGACCUAAAAAUUAGUAGUAUUUUCAUUUGUCCUCAGAAACUGUCCUUGCAGAAAGGUAUUAUAGUAUACACAGAAAUGACUCCGUGCAUGUGCUGAUUUUUGCAUUAAGUGCGGAAGUCUGAGCGCAGUGUGAGCGCUUCUGCCGGAUCAGGCCGUAAAGCAGGAGGAAUUAGUAGUAGUGGAGAGGACCACGCGAGGAGGACACGUCGUGGGUUUCAGGAGGCUAAGCAGGCCUAGGCAACGUGGAAAGUUUUGGCAAUAAAAGAUUAAAAGCAGUUUAAGAUGGUUCUUAGUUCUAUCCCCUUAUUUCGCAGAUGGCAUAAGGAUUCAACUGUUUUAAAACAGAGCAUGAACACUAACCUUGGUAAAAUUAAAAUUACUGGGAAAUUAUACCCACAAAAUAAGAUAAAUGAAAAUAAGAGAGUCUGUGAACUGUUCAUUACAUGGAUUCUAUCCCAUGCAAUAAGAGGUUUUAAUUUUAGUUUUCUGUUUACUGCCCCACUCCUGGGCUCCUACCCACCCGUCUACUCAGAUAUAUUGCUCUAAACGGCUUGGAAAGAUGCCAAGCUUUUAGAAGGAAGUUUUAUUUAUUUUUCUUCAGCAUGUGUUGCAUGCUGUUAUUUUGGUGUUUACAUUCAUAACUUUCACUGUCCUUUACCUGUAAAGUUUAGUAUAUUACUUUCAUUAUAUAGAAGAAAUUAUGUUUCUAAACAUCCUGUAAUUUUUUUAUGUUUUUUAAAGCAGGAAUAAAACAGCUUUAACAGCAACAGUCCUGUCUCCCUUGCCCAACUUUGGACAGGAUUUAUGAAAUUUCUGUUUCUUAAGUAAUGAUUAAUAAUUUCUCAGAAGGUUUGUGAUGAUGCGUAGUCUGUCUGAAAGUUAACAGACAUUGGAUGCUUUAUCUAGAUGUGAGCCGUGUUGUGCCAUCUUUCGCAAAUCCCCGGAUACAGCAGCUUCAUGAAGCCGCUGUUGACGUGGACAGUGGGGCUAGUCCUGGCCUCAGCGGUGGAGUGAGUGCAGGGUGAUUGCGUUAGGUUGGGUGAGCCAUCACCCAGUGUCCAACUGCUUGUAAACAAAAAGCUUACUUUCUGGUUUUUUUCUAACCAGGGUAAGAAAAUACAACCUAAAUAACUAAAGAAUAUUAAAACAUAACAUUUAUAUUCUGCAGUGUGUAUUUAAGAAGUUUAUAAUGGGGGGAAAAAUCCAGCAAAUAUAGUAGUUUACCACAUCUAAAAGAGAGAAUAAAUAAUACAAUUGUACAUAUCUUAAAAGAACUUUCAAAAACUCGAUUAUAUGUUUUUAUCAUUUGUCUAAUUACUUUAUAAUAACUAAGAAAAAGAAGUCCCUAAAUAAAGGACCCAUGUUCCAAAAUUGAUCAAGAUUGAGUUAUUUCUGUUAGAUAGCCCUCGCCUGUCAAAAUUGGCUUAAGGAAUUAUUAGAUUAUAAUAAGGAUGAUAUUGUCCUCUGUAAUUUUGUCAAGGUUUUCUUGUUUUGUUUAUAUAAUGAGAGCUCAAUUGUACAAAACUAACCUAAAUAUUAUCCAGUCAGAAACAUGAGCCUGUGUAUCCUGUGAGUCCUCACAAAGGCAUUAAAGUCAGUCUGUGCCAAUGAACAGCGGUAAGUGAUUGUUCAGUGAAAGACGAGUGAGGUUGAAGUAGAGAUACAUCUUAUUUAUGAGCUACUUUACUCACAUCUCCUUUUCAAGAGCAGUUUUGUUUUAUUCUUGUUACCUGAUGAUACGAAAUAUUUUUGAGUGUCUCUUGCUCUUAGAUAAGCAUUCAUCUUUUAAAGAUACCACCAUGUUAAAAACUUGAAAAGUUUUAUUCCACCGUAAGAAUUAUCUUGAAACAAAAAUCUAAAUUUUUAAAAUUUCUUAACUCUCUGCAUUUACUCUCCAGUUGUCAGAUCUCAGACUCCAGGGCUGUUACAGUUAUCCCCAGUUGGAACAUGUGAGUUUUACCCACAGCUAGUGUAAUCCUAGCUAGUUUACAGCCAUGUGGAUAAGACUAUCUUUGAUCCUAAAGUGAGAGGAAGGUGCUUGGCAUCUUCCUUUUUGCUAAGGGCAAAAUAACAACAUAAAGACAAAACGCUUUUUGUUGUCUAGUGAUUAAACUAUGGAAGAAUAUUUUGACUUUUUAUCCUCGUAUUAUGAAGGAACUCUGCCUAGCAAUGGCUGUCAAACUGAUGUAGCAUUGUGCUUCUCGACAGUGAAGCCUGUCUGAUACUCUGAAGUAGGGUGAAAGGGUGUACUGAGCAAGAUAAGAUGGGAUGUCAGAAUCUUUGUGAAUUAUUGUAGCACGUUUUUCAUUUUUCCCUUUUUAUAAGUUAAAAGGGUUUUCCAUUCAAUAAAAACAAUCUCUUUUUCUGUAGUCGCAACUGUCCAAAUGGCCACUUAAAGCUUUGAGUGGUUGUACAAGCCAGUUUCAUUACAUUUAGAAAGCGGUGUCACAGCUUAUUCUUUGUAACUAUAAUGAUUCGAAUAUUUUAUAUCAUGAGGUUUUUAUAUCAGGAAGGCUAUUCUCAAUGUAUCUGUCAUCCAGUUUUUUUACUGUCUAUAAAGUAUAUUUAAAUAAUAAUUGGUGUAUGUUCCUUUUAUUGAAACUUUUGAAAAUGUUUUAUUGUCCAUUGUCAGCACAAUACUUUCAUUUUUCUAAAGUUUUCCAAUAAAUACUGUUCAUUUCUUAGAAGCCUAAAAUACACAAAAUAAUUUGCUACUGGCACAGCUAAUGUCUAGCCCUCCCCAUUUCCCCAAAUUAUGGAAGUAUUAAUAUUUAGCUUCUUUUUUAUAAAAUGAAGACAUCACAAAUGUGAUGACAUCCAUCUCUUUUCAAUCACUGAUUAUGCUCCUGGGAAGUAUUAGUGAUUUUUUUUAAUAGCCUUUUAUCAGUCCAAUUCACAUGUAUUAUCCUUAUGAAUAUAAGAGCUUAUAAAAUUUAUAUUUAAUCUUAUGUUGAAACAUGAAUAUACUUGGAUUCUUCACAUUGCACUUAAAAUGAUAGAGAUGGGAUAUUAGUUUGAGAAACCAGAGUCCAGAACCUAAUUGUGGCAAGUAUAUGAGUUUUGGCAGUUCGGGGGGCGGGGUCUGUAAAUGUUUCCUUACAAUUAUAUAUCAGCAAAAACCUGAUGUCUCUUUUCAGUGUUUUUCUGUUUUCUUAUAUUUUUAAAUAAUAUUCUAUAAAAUUAGGUUUGUAUACUAUAUAUAAAUGAGCAUAGAAAUCUGAGAAAGUGACAGAAGGCUCUUGAGGCAAAUCCAUUCCUAGAGAGUAGAACAGAUCAUUGGGAUAAGAAAUGACCUAACUAUAAACACAUAUCCCGGCAGAUGAAAGUACUAAUACAACUAAGACUUAUUAAGAAAUGUCCCUAAAGGGACAGUUUACAUGAAAUCUUCGGUCUUUAUUACAUAUGAUCAUUCAGGAAAAAAGAGUAGACACAAAUAUAGUUUAUUUUCUAAUUCUCCUUCCCUUUAGUGGGCAUUAACUAGGCACACAAUAUUAACUAUAUGUGUCUAUCAGUGGAGGAGAAAGUAUUUUCAUUUUGAAACUGUUAAACCAUUACUAAAUCUAAGAUAGUGAUUUAAGGCCAUUAAGGCUACUGUGAUUUGAUGAGAUAAGAAGAAAUUUGUGGUGGCUGAAAAUCACUACCAACUUCUUAAUAGUUACCUAGAUCUGCCACUUUAUCUAGUUUACAAAGCGUAGCCUCAAUUUUAUGCCCCCCUUAAUUAUACUUAGUAACCCCACAGGAAAUUUUGUUUAAAAUGAACUCAGGAGUAGACGCUUUUCUUAAUAUAUUCAAGGAGACCCUUUAUGUACCUGUACAUUACCACUAGGCUCUGAAUUAGAUGCUUAGGGUCUGAAGAAGAAAUCGUCAGAGAAUGUGUCCAUAGCCUCAGAAUUUUGGGUCCGUGGGCCUAUAAAAUAUCCUGAACUAUAUCUACUUAGAGCUUUAAGGAAGAAUUAAAUGUCAUGAGAGAGCAAUCUCAAAGCGAGAGAAAGAAAACUCCAGAGCAUGCUGAGGCUCUAACGUGUGUGAGGGACUUCUAAGCAGGCGUUAUGGCUUUAGACCUCUACAUUGACGUCAGAAAAUAAUUAGUGUAGCAAUUAUAUUAAAAAAUUAAUACAAGGGAUUCAUGUUUAUUCUUGGGGUAUUUGUUAACCUGUGAGCAGUGAUUACUGUAUAUACAUUCUAUAGUGUGUUUAUUUUAUCUAUGUCACUAUUAGAGAUGAUUGUCUUGAUAUUAUUUACUAUUCUAAUCAUUUAUGUAUUAUUUAUACUUUACCGCAAUAUUCACAGCACUUUACUAAUAUUAGAUAAGUAUUUUCCUUCUCCCUUUCUGGGCAUUUUCUAUUAAUAUCUUUUCCACUGGGAUUCUUCCUUGUUUUGGAGCGCUUGCUAAGAAAAAUGUAAAGGAUCACCCAAAGAAAUGGGUUUUGUACUCUUCCUGAAAUUUUUAAAGUCAGAUCUGAAGUUCUAAGUCUAGAAGUCUAUUUGAAGCCAGGCUGGGGCUACUAGGCAUGAGUUACAUUCUAUAGUUCACAUUAAUAAGACUCCUUUAUAAGUUAAUACUUCUGAAGCCAAGUUAUCUCAAAUGCAAACACACUUGAAACUGUUUUCUCGAGUUGCAUUAAUAAAAACGAAACAAUCUUCUAGUUAAUCAGAAGAUGUUCUUACCUUUGAUUUUCCUGUCUCCUGAAAUACAAACAUACAAACCGUCCUUAGCUUUCAUAGUUUCUUCAUCAUUGCCUAUUCCCAAAGCCAGGAUAAAGAAAGCCAAGUUCAGGAGCCCGAAGUCAGGGAACCUGGAAAAUGGUAGGAGUCAGGUGAUGGGAAAGGCAGAUACUAAAGAUGGCAGGAUGCUACAAAAUAUUCUUGGUUCUGCUGUAACAGAUAAACUUCAUGAAUUUGGCCAGUUUUCUUAAGUUCAAAUACAGCAAAUUCUUCAGCUUGUUCUAUUGAGAGAUGUUUUUAGGAGUCAGGACUCUUCCGUUUGUAACUUGAAUAUAUUUGUAUUCAAAUUAUAGUCCAAAAGUACUGAAAUAAUUCCUUGUUACGUAAACAUCGACACAUAUGAUUACUUCCAAAGAAUAGGGAGAUUUGCUCGUAAGAAUGUUCUCUUAGAGUUUUAUCUUGUGUUUUUAGAUGAGAGAAGUGCUUUUCCAGUGUAAAAAGUUUCUGUAGUAUUUUCUUCUGCUUUCUUCCCUGUUCUCCUGAUGUGCUUUGCUCAGGCAGGUCACCUAGAAGAGAGCAACACUCAAAUAGAGAAAUCUAGACUAUGUCCUCUGAGGGAAGAGCGGCUUUUAAAAAGUAAAAAAUUAAACCCGUUCAUACACACACACGGACAAAAUAGAAUGUUUUGAAUAUCUAGUAAUUAGUUAUUGAAUAGAUAAGUCCCCUUCUAAAUGUCUUUAUCAUCCGUUGGCUUGUUAACUUAGGUAAGAGUAGAUUCUAGAUCUGCAUUGUCCCAUUCAUUAGCCACUAGCCACAUGUGGCAGUUUAAAAUUAAAUAAAAUUUAAAAUUCUGUUCCCCGGUCACCUGGCCACAUUUCAAGUGCUCAGUAGUCACUUGUGGAUAGUGGUUACCCUAUUGGACAGCACAGAUAAUAGAGCAUUUCCAUCACUGUAGGAAAUGCUUUUUGACAGCGCUGUAAUGCCCAACGAGAAAUUAAGGACAAAAUAAACGUACUCAGUGAACUUAUGAUAACGCUUAGAUUUUACCACCAUAGUUGAAGAAAGCUAUUUUUCUUAUAAAAAUUAAAACCAGCCUUUUUAAAAGAGCUUGGAAAAUUCAAAACCCUGUUCUUGGAAACUAGUUUUCAAUGGUUUUUUAAACAGAUUCUUAGCACUUUAUUUUUCAAGUGUUAUAAUCAUUUCAUAAAUGAUAACUUAGUAUCUUCAGGUUUUCUUCCUUUUUUAUGUAGUCUUUUUGAGUUAAUGAUACAUAGUUGUCUCACACUUAUCGAGCAAACUGACGAAUGCUUAAUUUAUUGACAAAAAUUGAUCCACAUCAUAUCCUCCUAUUACUUUUAAGUCUAUAGAGAUGUAAUGAAAGUGGCCAACAGUUUUCUGUAGAAACACAUUUCUCCUUAAAAUCACAUUUGAUUAUCUUCCGGCUUAAAGAUGCAUCCAGAUCCAAAUAAUUUUUUUGGUUUUCUUCAUAGUUUCCUGUUCUUAAUAACUUGGAUUAUGAAUCAAGUUAAGUUUCAUGUAUGAAGCAGACAUUUUAUUCCAGUGAUUUAGUUAAUGAAAUAUUUUUUAGUAUUUACUUGGCCUGUUACUAAAGUAAUUAACAUAAAUAAAAGAAUCUAUAUGGAUGCAUCUUUGAAAUUGUUAAUGAAAGAGACUAAUCAUGAUUCUUUUGAGUUGGCUUGGUACUCAGUAACUAUCCUGUUAGGAAGUUGUGAUGCUUUCCCUUUCAUUUGUAAAUUUGUUUAGUCAAGCAACAGACUUGAUCCAGUAGAGUCAAAUUCCAAGCAAAUUAUGAUGAAAUUCUGUUGUUGAGGUACAGCUGAGUAAAUGGUGUGAUUUGAGUUGAUUUUAUUAGUUCCUUGGUGGCAUAAUUUAAUGUGUGUUCUACAGAGACUCAUAUUAGUUAAGGGAAAUUUUCAAUAUGCUUGAAAUAAGAAAUAGCAUUUUAGUAUAAAUACAGGAAAUGACUGUACACAAAUGCCAAUCAAUGAUUUGAGGCCUUUUAAUUUUUUUAAUAGUAGUCUUUUUGUUUUUUAAUAGCCUUAGUUAUUUAAAAUUUAGAUGCACUAAAAUGUCAUUGCUGUCACUAACUUUGCUGUUUACAGCUUAUGUAUAAUUCAGAAUGCUUUGUACUCAGAAGAAUAAUUUCCAGGUUUAUCUUGUUUUGCAAUUAUCAUGUUCUAACAAUUGCCCCACCAUUUUUAACAGCCAAUUUUUGGUUGUGUAAUGAACAGUAAAAUUUGAACAUAUCUAAUAAUUUAAUAAUUUGCCUUAUUUUGAUUCAGAAAUUCUAUCAAAGAUUUGGGGUAGAAAGAAGCUUUUUUGUUGUUGCUAUAGUACUUUUUUAAUCUUUUCAGAUGAGCUGGAAAACACCUUAGUACAUUGGAGUUGGCGUUGUAUUGAUUACAGUCCCAGCUCUAAAGCCUUACACUCAUGUCUUAAGUAUCACUGACUGUUCUCUGCAUAGUUGUUAGUGUCAUAGUUGACAUUGUGGUUAUCCACCUUGUAGUUUAGCCUUUGCAGAAAGGAUAUUGCUAGAUAUAUUCUUAUUUCUGCUUGACUGUUGAAUUUAUAAUUUCGCAACUUGAUCCUUUGUCAUUAUACUACAGAAAUGAAAUCCACAUAGGACUCUAAAUUUCUCACUUCACAAAUGGAAUCAGUACAGAUUUAGCAACAUUGUACAUAAUGGCAUCCAAGCAUUUUCCCCCUGUUUACUAAGUUUAUCAGCCAUUUACUAUGUGUUAUUGGAUCGGUGGAUUUUCUCACUAUUUUUCUGAGUUGAAUGACUUGUUGGAGAGACUCAGUAAGAAGUUUUCACUGAAAUCACAAAAACAUAAAGUCCAAUAAACCACUAGAAGAUAGAUUUUUAAUUUUUUUGAAAUCUUAUAUUGUAUUUCCUUUUGAUAUCAUUUAUUCAUUUUAAUUUUAUGACUGCCAACUUGUUAUGGUAUUAAUUAGAUGUAUAUGUUUAUAUGUAUGCAUAUAAUAUAUGUAUAUGUAUAUGAAGAAUAAAGUUAAGAUUUGGUCAAACUAUAUUUUCCCAUUCAAAUACAAAAAUGUUUUCAAGGCUGCAAAAAGUGUACAGUUGUUAAACAAGUUGUAAAUAAAGACUUGUAUAAAAAUUCA